UUUUCUGCAUGGAAUCAUUCUGUCAUUAGAGACAGAAACGCGUUGCCCGCGGAGGAGGGGGGUUCAUGAAUAUCAUACCACCCACAUUCCUUGGUGUCGGGAAAGUUGACUGGAUGAUGGGCGCACCGUGCACCAGAUACCUUCUUUACAUUCUGGAGACGCACGGAGGGAGCGCGCAGGUGGAUGGAAGAGAUGUCGUGAGUGAGCUGUUGUUGCCAGUGAAGCACUGGACGGAAUAUAAGGAAGAAAGACGGCCUUCUCCAGAAUAUGCCUUGUCUCCAUGGUAACAGGCCUCAGGCAGACCCUCGCUCUCACCCAGCCCUACCUGAUCCUGGACUGUCCCGAAGAGGAUUUCAACAAAGACAUAGAUAAAAUGAAUGAUUCCUAAUUUAUUAUUUAUAACCAAAUUUUCUCCUGGAGAAUUUAGAUUGCAUCUGAGUGCAAUGAUAUUAGUUUAGAAAGUAUUACUCUCUACUGUUUAGGGAUCACCAUGCAAAGGAUCCGGUAAACUAUUUAGAUAGUUUCCUUAAGCCAAAGAAUGAGAAUCUCCUUGCUGUAACUCAAGACGUUUUCAAUUAAGGACAUUUUAAACUGGGCAACAACAGUGCCAGACUGGGCCGUCCCAAACCAGGACCAGGAUGCACCAGCUGUUCAGUCAGGUGCUCGGCCAGCGGGAUCUCUCCCGGGCGGGGGAUCUGUUCUCUCUGGAAGACGCAGAGAUCGAAGACUGUCUGUCACAAGCUCUGGACCAGAUCAAGGCCAUCUCCUGCUCACCGGACUACUUGACCAAUGACAAUUACCAGGCAGUGGUGGAGAUUUGCAUAACGCGCAUCACCACGGCCAUAAGGGAGACGAGCUCCAUCGAGCGGCACAGCAUGGCGCUGGUGGGGCUGUGGGAGUCGUGUCUGGAACACAACCUCACCCCACAAGGUGAAAACACAGAGGACACGCCGCAUGCCAAGAUUGCCUCCGACAUCACCAGCUGCAUCCUGCAGAACUACAGCUGUCCCUCGGUCAUGGUGCUGGCCGUCCCGGUAGCGGUGCGGUUCCUGCAAAGAGGGAACAGGGAGCUGAGCAGGAACAUGUCCAGCUACCUCUCCCUGGCCGCCAUCGCCAAGGCUGAUCUGCUGGCCGAGCACACGGAGGCCAUAACCCUCAGCGUGCUGGGAGGUAACCACAUGCUGCUGCGAGUGCUGCCAUCGGUUUACCCCAGACAGCCAGACACCAUCCACCGUCACCUAGGCGACCUCACUGCAAUGAUGCCAGAGCUGGAGUCGCCGGAGCAGCAACACCUGAUCCGACUCGUUCAAAUGGUUGCAGAACAACAUCCACUUAUGUUAAGCCCUCAGGUGCCUCUGUUGGUUGGUUACCUAGGUGACACGCCUCUGACCGAGGCCCUGCUGGGCGUGCUCGUCGACGUGUCACAGGCCAGCCCUUCGUCGCUCGUCAGCUUCCUGCCAGCGCUGAGGACUGUGGGACAGCAGUGCCCCGCUCUCCUGGGUCAUGUGGCCAAAAUCCACGGCGCUGUCGGCAUCAUCAGUGAGACUCACGCUCACGGCUCGUUGGUCUACCUGGUGUCCCUCCUGGGCAGCAUGGAGCACAGCUUCCACCACACCCUGCUGCUGGAGAUCAGAGCUCUGACCGACCGGUACCCGUCUCUGCUGGGAGGCUGCGGGAAAGACAUCUACAGGAUGAGCAACUCUUCCUUCACGGCCAUAGCCAGACUGCUGGGGAGACGGCUGGAAGAGGGCGUGGCAUCACGCUGCAGGCUGGACGAGGCGUGCCCGCCUUCUCCCUGUGCAUCUCUUCCCGCCGUUGGACGGAGGGGAGGUGGGGUCGGGAAGGGGUCGGAGCCGCAACUUCAGGCGAAGCUCCAGGCCUUCGAGGAGGAAAUGGGAGAAGACGGGGUAGAGGCGGAGGAGGAGGAGGCGGAGGAGGACUCUCCCGCCUCGCUGCGACGCUACAGCCUGAGCCACGGCGUCAGGGAGGAGAGACGAGAGAUGAGAUUCAACAGGUCAAAGAGCCUGGCUCUCCACGCUGCGCGCUCACGCUCCGUCAACUCGGACGCCGGGGAGGACGGUGACGGAGCGGAGCCCGGUCCCGACAACGUCUCCUCCUCCGACACGUCGACUAAUCAUCGCCCGGAGGACCGGGAAGCACCACCUGCCGACGGCCAGCGCGCCGCUGGCGGCUCGGUGCCAACGACCGCUGGCCCGGACGGAGGGGUCAGAGUGGCGGGGCAAGGGCCAGCGGAGGAGGGGCAGGCGGAGGAGCGGGGCGAGGCCGACAGACUCUUCGUCCAUCUGAGAGACAAUAUGGAGACGGUCAGAGAUUUCUGCAGAGACGUGGUCCAGCGGAUCCCGGUACCAGAGCAGUGUGUGAUAGAAGAUUCCAACCGAGGCAGCGUGGCCAAGCUGUCGUUCUCCUGUCCUCUGAAGGGCCACUACUGCCUGUACGCCAAGUCCUGUUUCAACCUGACCAGCCGACAGCCUCACCUGUGGAUUCACAUGAUGCUGCUGCAUUUACAGAGUAAGUCCAGUGUCCCGCUGUGCUCCAGGGACGAGUGUGUCCUGAGACUGGCUGCUCUUUGGGGGAAGACGCAGCUGAAAGGGGCUCACAGUUUCCCCAUGGCUAUGACACAGCACACCACGCCACACAGGAAGGACCUGGACAGUCUUCAGGUGCAGCUGGAGGAGGUCCGUUUCUUCGACCUGUUUGGAUACAGUGAGGACGGAGGAGGUUGGCUCUGCUUCAUGUGUAACAACCCUGAGAAGGCCACAGUGGUGAACCAGGAGGGACAGCCGCUGAUCGAGGGGAAGCUGAAGGAGAAACAGGUCCGCUGGAAGUUCAUCAAGCGCUGGAAAACCCGCUACUUCACUUUGGCAGGGAACCAGCUGCUCUUCCGCAGAGGCAAAUCGAAGGAUGAGCUGGACGACAUCCCCAUUGAGCUGAGCAAGGUGCAAAGUGUCAAGGUCGUGGCCAAGAAGCGGCGGGAUCGCGGCCUGCCGCGCGCCUUCGAGAUCUUCACCGACAGCAAGACGUACGUGCUGAAAGCUCAGGACGAGAAGCGCGCCGAGGAGUGGCUGCAGUGCAUCAACGUGGCCGUGGCUCAGGCCCGGGAGAGGGAGAACCGAGAGGCGACCACCUACCUGUGAGGCCGACACGCAGAUACAGACGCAGGAAACUCGGCGAUCCAAACACACGCAAGGGGGAAUGUUUUCAUCUAGCGGUCGAAAGCACUUAUAAACAACCAACAGAUGUCACGAUGUACGUCUGCUACGUACAGCACGAUGGAGCACCGUUUCCAAAACAAUCAGAAUGACUUAUGCAGUAUUUUAUUUUUUGGGGAAAUAAGAUUUAUUCAACCAGCAAUAAAAGAAGGAGGGAUAGUUGCAUAUUUAAGAUUCUCUAUUUACUGUUACACUAUGGACAUUGAUAUGACGAUAUACAUUACUAAUGAAUGUUACAGUGCGUAAGUGUUAAAGACGGACGUGUUAAGAAGAUCGUGAAGCGACCGGAUCGUUCAGUAUGCAACUUUUGACCUCCUCCGCUCGAAGACCGCCGAGCCGCCGUGAGCUUCGACCACCAAACAGAAUCGCCAUCGACAGGAAACUCUGAUUCAGCAAUAACGAUUUAACAAACCUCGUAAACACUUGUAGCAAUAAUGAGACUGAACAGUUGCUCUCGGGAGCAAGAGACGAGCCAAAUGUGAAGGUGUACGAUACUGCAAUUCAAGGCGUUUGUGUAAGUGAGUGUGAUAUUUUUGACCUGUAACGCUUUUCCUUAUUUACUGUCAUAUAUAUAAAGUUACAAUGUCAAA